UACAUUUUUUACAAUAAGUUAAUCAGUAACUUAUCAUAUAAAGAGUAUGUGAAAAAAUACCGUUGUAUGUUCUUUUUGUUAACUAUUUAUUUAGUCACAUGUUUAAAAUGUGAUAUUCUAAAAUGGCUACGGCAAUGGAGGAACACGUUAAAGAGACAUUGAAAUGUAAGGUGUGUUAUGAGACACUGACAGACCCUAGGACACUACCAUGUAUGCACACAUAUUGUUGCAAGUGCCUGGAUAAGCUGGAAAAGAAGAAACGAGGUUGGGAACUGACCCUAUACUGCCCAGAAUGUAGACAAGUACACACAAUAGUACCCACAGGGGGAGUGGCAAAAUUUAAGGUCAACUUUACCACUAGUUCAAUAGUAGAUCUACUUCAAUCUAUGGAUGUUAUUGGAGAAAAACCCCAGUGUACACCAUGUAAAGAGAGUGAUCAUAUUGAAAUAGAUGCUAAGAGCAAAUGCAUCCAAUGCAACAAACUAUUCUGUAAGGACUGUGAUCGAUAUCACACAAAAUUCCAUGUUGGCCAUACAGUGCUUGACGUUACAGCUGAUAAGACUCAAGAUAAACAGAACAUACUUAAGGCUGUACAACAGCGAGUAGUAUAUUGUGAUACACACAAGACCAAUCCACUCGAGACAUACUGUCAAGUGGACCAAUGUGCUCUCUGUGCGACUUGUUACGUGAUCAACCAUUCUGGCCAUAAAUGUGUCGACAUUUAUAAAGCUGCGAAGGACAAUAUUAAACUCAUUGAUGAACUGCUCACAAAAGGUAGCAAAUUGAUAGCGAGCUAUGAACAAUCAAUACAGAAUAUUCACACCAAGAAAAAUAAAAUAGAACAAGAAGCAGAUGAUGUCACAAAUGAACUGAACAAUGAUAUGAACACUGCUAUCCAAGCAAUCUGGAAGAAAUACACAAUGGAAAUUAAUCUAGUUGCAGAGAAAAGAGCCAUAUGUGAUAAACAAGCUGAAGCUCAUCUGGCACAUCUCCAAAUGCAGAAGGCCAUCACUGAGAGUGCAAUGAGCCAGUUAUUUGCAUUAAAACAACAUGGAAAUGACACUCAGCUUGCUAACAUUGCUCAAGACAUCAUUUCAAAAUCCAAAGAAUGGUCCAAUCCUAAAGACUCUGACUUUGACAAUAACAUUACAUUCAAAAUACAGAGAGGUGAAGUGCUUGAUGAUAAAAUAGUGUUUGGAAAAGUGGACAUUAACAUUCUGAGAGCUAUGAAUCGCAAAAUACCAAAGCCAACAAUAGUAAGAAAAGUAAGACAAAAUGCCCAAAUUUGGGAUAUAGCGGUAACUAGCAAAAAUGAAGCUAUAUCUACAUGUUCUGGUGGGCUAGCAAAAGUCUACAACAAGGAUCUUACUUUGAAGGGUACUUUUGGUGUUGGUUUUUAUAAUGUCACUACUAAAGGUAAUGAGAUAUAUCUUACCAGUGGAACUGAUACAGUCAGUAUAUACAACCAGGAAUGUAUGCACAGUAGAAAGAUAAAGACACCAACAUUGAAAAGCUAUACGGAGAUCGCAGUCAACUCUAGAGGUGAACUUGUUACAUAUGACAGGAGUACAAAGGCUGUCUGCCAUGUUGAAAGUGCUACUGGUAGAAUCCUGACCAAGUCACAAAGUUUCAGUGAACCAGUUUAUUUAGCUGUGAACAGUCAUGAUGUGGUAAUUGUGUCUUACAUGCUAGAAAACUGCGUGGUAGGUUUGACUAGAGAUGGAAAAGAGCUGUUCAGAUAUGGGCCAUGCGAAAAUGGACAGAACCAACUGAACUGUCCCAAGGGUCUAUGCACUGAUACAGCUAACAAUAUCAUAGUGGCUGACUUCUUCAACAACAGGGUUCACUUGCUGAGUCCAGAUGGCAAGUUCAUCAGAUUUCUCCUAACAGGAUCAGAUGGACUGUAUCUACCUACGUGUUUGGUGACUGAUAAUGAUGGACAUCUGUUAGUAGGGGAUAGCAAUAGCUAUAUUUGGGUUGUGAAAUAUACAGAUUGAAAUAUGUUUGUGUAAAAUGUAGGACAGAAUCAUGUCAAUGAGAACACCUUAGACUAACCAAUAGUCAACA